CGGACGGCCGGGUGGGGGCGGAAUGAGCGCGGCGGCCCUAGUGCAAACUAUGGGAGGCGGCUGGUGGUGGGCUCGGGUCGCCCGCCUGGCCCGUCUGCGCUUCCGGGGGUCGCCGCUGCCGCCUCAGCGGCCCCGUAGCGGUGGCGCCCGGGGGUCCUUCGCCCCGGGCCACGCCCCACGCGCGGGGGCCUCUCCGCCCCGGGUGUCCGAGCUGGAUCGCGCGGACGCUUGGCUCCUCCGGAAGGCGCAUGAGACAGCCUUCCUCUCUUGGUUCCGAAAUGGCCUUCUGGCAUCGGGCAUUGGGGUCAUCUCCUUCAUGCAGAGUGACAUGGGCCGGGAAGCUGCCUAUGGUUUCUUCCUGCUAGGUGGCCUGUGUGUGGUGUGGGGUGGAGCCUCCUAUGCUGUGGGCCUGGCAGCGUUGCGGGGGCCCAUGCAGCUGUCUCUUGCCGGCGCUGUUGCAGGUGUUGGGGCUGUACUGGCUGCCAGCCUACUCUGGGCUUGUGCUGUAGGCCUCUACAUGGGCCAGCUGGAGCUGGAUGUGGAACUGGUGCCUGAGGAUGAUGGGACCUCUUCUACAGAAGGCCCAGAUGAAGCAGGUCGGCCACCACCUGAGUAAGCAGCCAGACUGUGGGGACUGACUGGGUCCGAGGACUGGGGCAUUAAAACCUGACCUGAUCCUUCAGUGACUCAAGA